UUUAUAAAAAUAGAACAUAGUUUCAGUUUCUUGGGGCAGAUUCUCUGCAAAGUCUGAAAAUAGCUGAUGCUGUUCCUCUACACGGAGGUGAUGUUAGUGUUAGAGUGAACAGGAAAGACAUCAUGGCUGCAGAGCUACUGAGAAACGUGUGAAACGUUAGAGCUGUAGGGGAUUUCAGCCAUGCAAAGAUCCUGUCCCACUCUGUAUAAAUGAGGAGGUACUGGUCACUCACCCAGCACUGGACUCCUCUCUCCUCUCCUCAGCUCCAUCUCUCUGGGUGAAAUCUCUUCUGCUAGAAUGAGGACUCUGUCUGCUCUGCUGAUGGUGCUGCUGCUCUGCUCUCUCCAGCAGGUCUGCAGUGGUACUUUUGGCACUGAAACUUUCCGUGAGUGCUGCGAAAAACUCACACACCUGAAGAUCCCCUUAAGGCGUAUUAAAUCCUACGGGGAGACCAGCAGCAACUGUCCCUUUAAAGCUGUUAUCUUUCGCACGGAUAAAGGAAAGCAAUGGUGUGUGGAUCCUGAAGCCUCUUGGGUUCAGAAACACCUGAUGGAGCUAAAACCCAGAAGCUGACCACACUGACCACAUGAAGACUAUUUAACGCAGUACAACGUGUAUACGUGCGCUCUGUACAUAUGUACAUAUCACUGUAAAAAAAAUACAUAGAUAUAUUU